CUGCAAUUAUUGCAGUUUGCUGAACGUUGUAUGUUUCCCGGGUAACUUGGUGUUGGACCGAUACCACGGCUGACCACGCCUUCCCCGCCGUCAAUGCCUGCUCUGGCCCAGUCUCAGGCCAGUAUCCUUGUUGUCCAGAGGACCGAGGUUCAAGGUGAACCCGUCCGGACGCCGUCGCCAUGACAACCCACGUGACGCUGGAGGACGCUCUGUCCAACGUGGACCUGCUGGAGGAGCUGCCGCUGCCUGACCAGCAGCCAUGCAUCGAGCCGCCCCCCUCCUCCAUCAUGUACCAGGCUAAUUUUGACACCAACUUCGAGGACAGGAAUGCGUUUGUUACGGGGAUCGCCCGGUACAUCGAGCAGGCCACGGUGCACUCCAGCAUGAACGAGAUGCUGGAGGAAGGCCAUGAAUACGCGGUGAUGCUGUACACAUGGAGGAGCUGCUCACGGGCCAUCCCACAGGUCAAAUGUAACGAGCAGCCCAACCGGGUGGAGAUCUACGAGAAGACGGUGGAGGUGCUGGAGCCUGAGGUCACCAAGCUGAUGAAGUUCAUGUACUUCCAGCGCAAGGCGAUUGAGCGUUUCUGUGGCGAGGUGAAGCGGCUGUGCCACGCUGAGCGGCGCAAGGACUUUGUGUCGGAGGCCUAUCUACUGACCCUGGGCAAGUUCAUCAACAUGUUCGCCGUGCUCGAUGAGUUGAAGAACAUGAAGUGCAGCGUCAAGAACGACCACUCUGCCUACAAACGAGCCGCACAGUUCCUCCGGAAAAUGGCCGAUCCCCAAUCCAUCCAAGAGUCCCAGAACCUCUCCAUGUUCCUGGCCAAUCACAACCGCAUCACCCAGUGCCUGCACCAGCAGCUGGAGGUGAUUGCGGGCUACGAGGAGCUGCUAGCUGACAUCGUCAACAUCUGCGUGGAUUACUACGAGAAUCGCAUGUACCUCACUCCCAGCGAGCGCCACAUGCUGCUCAAGGUGAUGGGCUUCGGUCUGUACCUGAUGGACGGGAACGUCAGCAACAUCUACAAACUGGACGCCAAGCGGCGCAUCAACCUGGGCAAGAUCGACAAGUUCUUCCGGCAGCUACAAGUGGUGCCCUUGUUUGGGGACAUGCAGAUUGAGUUGGCGCGCUACAUUAAGACCAGUGCUCACUUUGAGGAGAACAAGUCCAAGUGGACGUGCACCCAGAGCAGCAGCAGCCCCCAGUACAACAUCUGUGAACAGAUGGUGCACAUACGUGACGACCACAUCCGCUUCAUCUCCGAGCUGGCCCGCUACAGCAACAGCGAGGUGGUGACGGGCUCGGGGCUGGACAGCCAGAAGUCUGAUGAGGAGUCCCGUGAGCUCUUUGACCUGGCGCUGCGCGGCCUGCAGCUGCUGUCCAAGUGGAGCACACACGUCAUGGAGGUGUACUCGUGGAAGCUGGUGCACCCCACGGACAAGUUCUGCAACAAGGACUGCCCGGGUACGGCAGAGGAGUACGAGCGCGCCACCCGCUACAACUACACCAGCGAGGAGAAGUUCGCCCUGGUCGAGGUGAUCGCCAUGAUCAAGGGGCUGCAGGUGCUGAUGGGCCGAAUGGAGAGCGUGUUUAACCAAGCCGUGCGCAACACCAUCUACGCAGCGCUGCAGGACUUUGCCCAGAUCACCCUCCGGGAGCCCCUGAGGCAGGCCACCCGCAAGAAGAAGAACGUGCUCGUCAGUGUUCUGCAGGCCAUCAGAAAAACCAUCUGCGACUGGGAGAACGGCCGUGAGCCCCCCAACGACCCCUGCCUGAAGGGGGAGAAAGACCCCAAGGGGGGCUUCGACAUCAAGGUGCCCAGGCGGGCGGUGGGGCCCUCCAGCACCCAGCUGUACAUGGUGCGCACCAUGCUGGAGUCUCUCAUCGCUGACAAGAGCGGAUCCAAGAAGACUCUGCGCAGCAGCCUGGACGGGCCCAUUGUCACCGCCAUCGAGGACUUCCACAAGCAGUCCUUCUUCCACACCCACCUCCUCAACUUCAGCGAGUCCCUCCAGCAGUGCUGUGACCUGUCCCAGCUCUGGUUCCGAGAGUUCUUCCUGGAGUUGACCAUGGGUCGCCGCAUCCAGUUCCCCAUCGAGAUGUCCAUGCCUUGGAUCCUGACCGACCACAUCCUGGAGACCAAGGAACCCUCCAUGAUGGAAUACGUGCUGUACCCACUGGACCUGUACAACGACAGUGCCUACUACACCCUGACCAAGUUCAAGAAGCAGUUCCUGUACGAUGAGAUUGAAGCGGAGGUGAACCUGUGCUUUGAUCAGUUUGUUUACAAGUUGGCCGAUCAGAUCUUCGCUUACUACAAGGCUAUGGCUGGCAGCGUGCUGUUGGAUAAGAGGUUCCGGGCCGAGUGCAAGAACUACGGAGUGAUCAUCCCCUACCCCCCCUCCAACCGCUACGAGACCCUGCUGAAACAACGGCACGUACAGCUCCUGGGCCGGUCCAUCGACCUGAACCGCUUGAUCACGCAGCGUAUCUCAGCCGCCAUGUACAAGUCCCUGGAUCACGCCAUCAGUCGCUUCGAGAGUGAAGACCUCACCUCUGUGGUGGAGCUGGAGUGGCUGUUUGAGGUGAACCGCCUGACCCACCGCCUGCUCUCCAAACACAUGACGCUGGACAGCUUUGAUGCCAUGUUCCGCGAGGCCAACCACAACGUCUCUGCUCCCUAUGGACGAAUCACGCUCCACGUCUUCUGGGAACUCAACUUUGAUUUCCUUCCCAAUUACUGUUACAACGGCUCCACCAACCGGUUUGUCCGCACUGCCAUUCCCUUCACGGAUGAGCCGCAGCGGGACAAGCCGGCUAGCGUCCAGCCCUACUACCUGUACGGCUCCAAGCCCCUCAACAUCGCCUUCACCCACAUCUACAGCGUCUUCCGCAACUUUGUGGGCCCCCCCCACUUCAAGACCAUCUGUCGGCUUCUGGGGUACCAGGGUAUCGCUGUGGUCAUGGAGGAGCUGCUGAAGAUCGUCAAGAGCCUGCUCCAGGGCACCAUCCUGCAGUACGUGAAGACCUUGAUCGAGGUGAUGCCAAAGAUCUGCCGCCUGCCCCGCCACGAGUACGGCUCGCCAGGGAUCCUGGAGUUCUUCCACCACCAGCUGAAGGACAUCAUUGAGUACGCGGAGCUGAAAACGGACGUGUUUCAGAGUCUGAGGGAGGUGGGCAACGCCAUCCUCUUCUGCCUGCUCAUUGAGCAGGCCUUGUCUCAAGAGGAAGUUUGUGAUCUUCUGCAUGCAGCCCCCUUCCAGAAUAUUCUACCCAGGGUCUACAUCAAAGAGGGGGAGCGGCUGGAGGUGAGGAUGAAGCGGCUGGAGGCAAAGUACGCACCCCUGCACCUCGUGCCCCUCAUCGAGAGGCUGGGGACACCUCAGAACCUCUCACAGCCAUGGGAAGACUGCCUGCCAGUCAGUCAAAUCGCCAUUGCCCGGGAGGGCGACCUGCUGACCAAGGAGCGCCUCUGCUGCGGCCUCUCUAUGUUCGAGGUGAUCCUGACACGCGUGCGCACAUACCUGCAGGAUCCCGUGUGGAAGGGGCCGCCCGCCACUAACGGCGUCAUGCAUGUGGAUGAGUGCCUGGAGUUUCACCGUCUCUGGAGUGCCAUGCAGUUUGUGUACUGCAUCCCUGUGGGCACACACGAGUUCACCGCAGAGCAGUGUUUCGGCGACGGCCUGAACUGGGCAGGCUGCUCCAUCAUGGUGUUACUGGGGCAACAGCGGCGCUUCGAUCUCUUUGACUUUUGCUAUCACCUGCUCAAGGUGCAGCGGCAGGACGGCAAGGAUGAGAUGAUCAAGAACGUGUCCCUGAAGAAGAUGGCAGAUCGCAUCAGGAAGUACCAGAUCCUCAACAACGAGAUCUUCGCCAUGCUCAACAAGUACCUCAAGUCGGUGGAGAACGAGAGCUCGACCGUGGAGCACGUCCGCUGUUUCCAGCCGCCCAUCCACCAGUCGCUGGCGACCACUUGCUGAGCGGCGCUCCCUCAGUAUCGCCCCUCCCACAGUGCGGCGCUCCCUCAGUACC